GACGAACGGAGAAGGGAAUCCUGCUGAGGAGGUUGGAUAUCAAGUGUAAGGCCAAUCAAGGCAUUCGUUCUAACAUCUAUUUUAAUAUGGUGCUGCUCCUGCCGUUAGCUGGGCCAUGUGGUUUGGUGUCGAUCUCAUCAAGAAUCAUCGCGGUACAGAAGACUUGGCAUGUUCGCCAAACUGUCUCCUGCUGCCUGUCUCUUUACUACAGCAAGCACAUCCAUAGAACCAAUACUUGGAGACGAAUUCUCGGAAACGUAGUUGCUUUUGUUGAUAGCACGACAGCAAUUCAGAACACGAAUCGUUCAUUUUCUCACGGUUCGACACUAAAGUUCUAAUCGGUAUCUUAAAUAGUCAUUCAGCUGUUCUUUGUGCUCUGAGAAUGUCCUAGAGAGUUUCUGCUCCACCUUGCUCUUCUGCCUUCCAUCAGCCGCCUGCCUCCGCAGUACCAUUCGAUCAUUUCCCACGUAUCAACUCUGCAGACACAA